CACAAUUCUGUGAAUGACUCUCCCGUCUGCCUCUUCAUCCCUCCACUCCCCCUACCAGCCCUACACGUCUUACUCCCCCCGCCCCCGCCGCCGCACCUCCAUCUCCAUCUCCCUCGCGACCCCCCGCCCCUACAACCCCUACAACGCCCCCACCCGCCGCCGAGCGCGCACCAUGCCCCAGUAUGCCCGCUCAAGGGACCACUCGCACCCCAUCUCCUCCAAGCCCUCCACCCGCACCAAAAAGGUCGUCAUCGGCCUCCUCAUCGUCCUUUUCCUCUUCCUCAUAGGCACCGUUGUCGUCCUUUCCACCGUCUCGUACUAUCUUGCCAUCCCGACGUGGGCCUAUCUCACAGAGAGCGAAGUCGCCUGGCGGCCGGAGGACGUCAUUCGUCCGCUGAGGGAUGUGCCGAAGAGCAGCAGACGGCAUAAGAGGGCGGAAUGGACAGAGGUGGGGGUGAGCAGUGGCGGGUCGAGCGCUAGUGCGGACGCUUGGACUGCAUCGGCUGUGAACGACGCCGCCUUUACUCUCAGUGCUGCCCCUUCAUCCUCUGCCGCCGCAACCUGGGACGAGCUCGAGGAAGAGAUGGAAGCGCUCGACGCGAGCGAGGAGGACAGCGUUGCUGAAGCCGAAACAGACGCGUCAGACGCGCUAGCCGUAUCCGUGGAGACCACCCCGUCACCCACCUCUUCCGCCACCUGGGGCAUCGACGGUGCGGGCUCGGGAGGGUAUUGGAUGGAGAAGGACUGGGAUGGGCGUGUGAGAGAUACGGAUUCGUGGGAACGGUUGUACAAUGUGUCCAACAGGGCUGGAGAACGUAUUCCCCGACUGAUCCACCAAACUUGGAAAGACGACCAACUGCCCGAGAAAUGGAGGAAAGCCUGGAGAGAAUGCAGAGAAGGCAUGCCCGACUACGAGUAUAUGCUCUGGACAGACGACACUUCCCGAGAAUUCAUCGCCACGCACUACCCCGCCCACCUCCACAUGUACGACGCAUACCAGUACCCCAUCCAGCGCGCCGACUCUAUCCGGUACUUUAUCUUGCAUCACUUUGGCGGUGUGUAUAUGGACUUGGAUAUCGGGUGUAGGCGGAGGUUGGACCCGCUUUUGCAGGGUGAUUGGGAUGUCAUCUUGCCGCUUACCAAGCCUGUUGGGAUUUCGAACGACUUGAUGUUUUCGGCCAAGGGCUCUGCGUUUAUGGAUGACACUGUCCACGGUCUUUCCGCUUUCAACCACCGCUACCUCACCAACUAUCCCACCGUCAUGUUCUCCACCGGACCCAUGUUCCUCUCCGCCCAAUACGCAAUCUUCUCCUCCUCCCACCCGCUCACAACCCAACACCCCCGCGCCGAAGUCCGCGUCCUCCCCAAAUCCCUCUACGGCAAAAACGCCCCCAUCUCGGACGUCCCCCACUCCUUCUUCUCCCACUUUUACGGCUCCUCAUGGCACGCCGACGAUGCGGGCUUCAUCACCUUCCUCGGUGUCUGGGGUAAAGGCCUCAUGUGGGUCGGCGGAGCGGUGAUCUUGUUUGGGUGUGUGAGGCUGGUCUGGUUGAAGAGGGUUGCGGCGAAAGGGCAGCAGUAUCAGUUAUUGUCCAUCUUGCCGACGACGAGGUCAAACUCGCCGACGGGGUACGAUACACCCACAUCAACAUCCUCCGCCCCGCUCUCCCCCACCUCGCUCGACAUGUCUCUGCACCAAGCGCUCCCAUCCGAGAUCGCCUCGUAUUUCAAACGCGCAGGCAACCUCAUACUCGCAGCGCCUGCCAUGCUCCAAGGCGACCGCCCCCACGCCCGCGCCCACGAAAAUAGGAGGGGCAGGCGGAGGCAGGGUCUGCUUUACUUUGUGCCAGCGCUCUUUCAGCCGGUACCCGGGCGGCGGUCACGGACGGCUUCUGAAGCGAGCCAGUUACCCAUGAGACGGACCCGCCGGGAGAGGGAGCGCGACCUCCAGCGCGCGAGGGAAUCGCAUAAACCAGAUAACCUCGCGCCGCCGCCUUAUGAAACCCUGCACGAAGGACCCACCUCUGAGCCUUCACGCCCUUCCUCCACCUCCCGUUUCGCCCCCCAGACUGGGGCUGGCGGCGUGCCAGAAGGACAAGGAGAGCGGUAUGAGAGUUUCGAGAAGGAGGUGAAUAUGGAUGAGGUGGAUGCGUUUUUGAAUGAAGCGGAUAAUGAAGGGUCGAUGAGCGGGAGUGGGAGUGGGGGGGAGGAAGAGUGGAGGGAGAGGGAGAGGGCGAGGGAGAGAAGGUGGAGAUAGCACUCCCCUCCUGUCUCUUUCCUUGUCCGGUUUCCUUUUCUCAUACUUUCGUAGGAGGAGGAGGGAUGAGCUUUUGGUUGUCUUGGUGAGGGGUCGAUCUUUGGGAUAAACAUGGAAGAGCUUUUUCCAAAAAGUGUAUACUGUUUUUUUACUGGUUACUGGUAUGGGGGUUUCAACUCUAAUGUCCGUGUUAUAAACCACGAAUAUCUCUUCUGUCAUGCCCAUAUCUUCCUUCCUUCCUUCCUCUUCUUGUGGUGUGCUUUUGAGCUACUCGAAAGUCGGUUAAAACUGCCUUUUUUGGAGACAACUUGCGCUUUUUCGAAACCUCGCCCACGUUCUUUACAAGUUGAUCUACAACGAUAAACAUUCCUUCUUUCAUCUUAUCAUGUGUAUAGUUUAUUCCAAAAACAGAAAAAGCGGAGUUCAAUUCCUUAUGUAAAAGGUAGUUUUUCCCAUUCUAUCCAAAGAAAUCAGCAGCUAGCUUUCUUGCCAUCAUGAAAAGGGUACUCUCUUUUUGGGCGCCCUGACAAGGGCUCUACUUUCUUGACUUGUGAUUCAGCUUAGUUAUUCAUGUAGCCACUACUUAUAGAAUAUGAAUGGAUC